CGAUAUGCAACCCAUCGGCAUCGGAUCCGGCUCGUUCCCGCCCAUGAUAAAUGAAUUCAACGUCGCAAAUCCACCCCCGAAUUAACUCGAAUUAACUACACUCCAACGCCUCAAAGCCACGAGCCACAAUUCUCCUCCUCAACCAAAUCCAAUCAAUUAUCCACUUGGUCGUCAUAUAAAUACGAAGAAAUUCAACAAUGGCUCCCCUUGUCCCGAUCUUCUCCGCCGAGGCCCUUCCCGACCAUGUCAGUAUCGUGCGCAAAAACUUCCAAGAGCGACGUCGCAAGGGCGGUCCCGUCGAGCUGGAGAAAUGCAAACUCAUGGAAAUGGUGCAGUACUCGUGUAAUCCGCCGCAGGAUGGGAUCCCUGCGCCGGGAGUGGUGGUCUGCAAGCCCGUCGUGCGGUUGUUCAGACGGUGUGCCAAUGGGCUGACAGUGGAAACGACAUCGUGGGAGCCGAUCAGAUUGGAGGAAGAAGCGAAGCGCAAGGCUGCAGAGAGCAACUCGAAAGUGGACAGCAAAUGAAGGAGGGUCGUCUAUCUUACAUGCAUAGCUACGGUGUUGAUUGGCGUUCGUUCUCCUGGUUCUCGCUGACAGGCUGAUCUCUGCUUAUAAUGCUCAAUGUU